UACCCGGAAGAGGGGCAGGAUAACCAGCAUGUUUGAUGAAAGUUGUGUGAAAAUAGUGAUAUUAAACUGAAAAUCCAUCGUACUAAACCACUCCGAAAUUGUAUCGCAAACAUUGAAGAUGUGUGAGAGUGCGAAAGAAAAGGACCAUUUGGCCCUAAAGGAAAAGGGAAACACCUGCUUCAAGGCAGGAGACGUGCAGGGCGCUCUGUGCAGCUACACCAAAGCCCUGAAGCUGACAGACAGCCCGGCAGACCAUGCAGUUCUGUACCGUAACCGCUCUGCCUGCUACCUGAAGCUGGAGGACUACAGCAAAGCUGAGGCUGAUGCCUCCAGAGCACUUGAAACUGACCCCGGCGAUGUGAAAGCUAGGUUUCGGAGAGCCCAGGCCUUUCAGAAGCUUGGUAGGCUUGACCAGGCUUUUUUGGAUGCUCAGAGGUGCGCUCAGUUGGAGCCCAAAAACAAAGCUUUCCAGGAUCUGCUCAGACAGCUGGGAGCACAGAUUCAGCAAAAGUCACAACAACUAAACUCCACAGAUGCUCGUGUGCAGCAGAUGUUUUCCCUCCUCUUGGACGCUUCUUCCAAAGAGUGUGAUCGACAGAAGGCAGCUCAGAAUCUAGUGGUAUUAUCUCGAGAAGAGGCAGGAGCCGAGCAAAUCUUCCGCAACGAUGGAGUGAAGCUCAUUCAGAAGCUUCUUCAGUCAAAGCAGGAGGAUGUCAUCCUUUCUGCCCUCAGGACAUUAGUAGGCUUGUGCACGGGACAUCAGUCGAGAACUAUGGCUAUAGUGAAUGAGUUGGGAAUGGACCAACUGUGCGCAGUAAUGGGUUCAGGAGCCUCCACUGUGUCUCUGGCUGCCUGCCACCUGCUGCAGGUGAUGUUUGAGGCUUUGACUGAGGGCAUGAACAGAGACAUUAAAGGCAAAGAUGAAGCUAUACUUCCUGAGCCUUCCAAAGAGCUACGUUCAAUGUUACGCCAUCUUUUGGAAAUGAUACCAGCAUCUAAUGUGUCAGGCCCGGGCAGAGACAGCGCCAUUAACCUUCUGGUCAAACAAGUGCCUCGAAAGUCCAUGAAAACCUCUGACAACUCUCUCACCUUAUGGGUGAUAGACCAGGGACUGAAGAAAAUCCUGCAGGUGGCUGGGACCGUUCCUGAGCUCUCACAGGGACCAACUCUCACUGACAACACUCAAAUGAGCUGCUCCGUUUUGCUUAACAAACUCUAUGAUGACCUGAAGAGUGAAAAAGAGAGGGAAAACUUUAACAAACUAUGUGAAGAAUAUGUUCAACAACACUUCAACCAGCAUGGGUUAGAUGGCAAGUUGCAUGCCAUCCAGACAGUGUCGGUGCUCCUUCAAGGGCCCAGCGAAGUGGGUAACAGAACUCUGGAAAUGUCAGGAAUGAUGGAUGCAGUAAUUUCUCUCUGUGCCUCCGAAGAUGUAACUCACCAGCAGGUUGCAGUGGAGGCUCUUAUACAUGCUGCAGGCAAAGCCAAGAGAGCCUCCUUCAUCACAGCCAACGGUGUCGCUCUUCUGAAGGACCUUUACAAGAAAAGCGAGAAUGACAGGAUACGUGUGAGAGCCCUUGUGGGUUUGUGCAAGCUCGGAUCAGCAGGAGGGACAGAUUUCAGCAUGAAGCAGUUUGCAGAGGGAUCUACACUCAAGCUUGCCAAGCAAUGCAGGAAGUGGCUGUGUAAUGAGUCUCUUCCCCCAACCUCCCGUCGCUGGUCUGUGGAAGGUCUCGCCUACCUCACCUUUGAUGCUGAUGUGAAGGAAGACAUGGUGGAAGACAAGAAUGCUCUCUUGGCCAUGUUUGAAUUAGCAAAGUCAGAAGACAAGACUGUGCUCUUCGCUGUGGGCUCAACGUUAGUGAACUGCACAAACAGCUAUGAUGUGGAGAAACCAGAUCCUCAAAUGGUGGAGCUGGCCAAGUAUGCAAAGCAGCAUGUGCCCGAGGAACAUCCAAAGGAUGCAUCUUCUUAUGUGGAGAAAAGGCUGGUUAAGCUCCUGGAAGCUGGUGUGGUGUCUGCAUUGGUGUGUAUGGUCAAACAAGAGAGUCCUGCCCUUACUGAGGCUUGUAAAGAAUGUAUUGCCAGAGUUUUUUUGGCUGUGGUGGAGCGGCAGGAAGACAGAGGCACAGUUGUGGCCCAGGGUGGAGGAAAGGCUCUCAUCCCGCUUGCAACUGACAACACAGAUGUAGGAAAAGUCAAAGCUGCACAAGCACUGGCAAAAAUAGCCAUUACAUCUAACCCAGAGAUUGCCUUUCCAGGAGAGAGGAUUUAUGAAGUGGUCCGCCCGCUUCUGAACCUUUUAAGUCUUGAGUGCACCUUGCUUCAAAAUUUUGAGGCACUCAUGGCUCUCACCAACCUCUCCGGCAUCAGCGAAAGACUCAGACAAAAGAUAAUAAAAGAAAAAGCAGUAUCAAAGAUUGAAGGUUACAUGUUUGAGGAACAUGAGCUGGUUAGAGCUGCUGCCACAGAGUGCAUGUGUAAUUUGGUUUUAAGUAAAGAGGUGCAGGAGCUGUACUUGGCCACAGGGAAUGAUCGUCUGAAGCUGCUUGUGCUUUACAGCGGUGAAGAGGAUGACAGGCUCAGGAAAGCUGCAGCAGGAACUUUGGCCAUGCUGACAGCUGAGCAGCCUGAGCUCUGCUCCCGCAUCCCUGGAACUACAACCCACUGGCUAGAGAUAGUGCAGGCUCUGCUGCUGAGUGAAAUUCCUGACCUACGUCAUCGCGGAGUGGUAAUCGUUCAGAACAUGAUGCAGGCAGAGAAAAGCUUGGCUGAGGCACUAAUGGAGAGUGAAGCCUUGGAGAUUCUCUCUGUCCUUGCAAAGGGGGGAGGGGGCAUACCAGAGCCAGUCUCCAAAGUUGCACAGAACUGCCUUGACCAAGCAGUGGAGUAUGGUGUCAUCAGAGGCAGGGAUGGGAAGGAAACAGGAACUGAGCCCUGACACCACAGAUGCACUAUGUCGAUGCGUCUCCAGGCAGUUUUAGCUACUUGGAGAAUUAUUUUGAAUAGUAAAGUCAUUUAAUUUUUGUCACAAAUGGGUUUCUGGAUUUCUCAAGAGUCUUUUUUUUUUUUUUUUUAAGUAAAAAUGAUCAAGUAAUUGAAUGAAA